AUGUCGGGCCGCACGGGUGUAGACGGACAGCAGAAACCCAACGCCCAGUCCAUCCAGUCCUUCCUGACGCCGCUGGUGCUCGACGACGCAAAGAUCCACGACAUCUCCUACCGCCUGUCCAAGGUCUACCAGCGUCUGGCGCGGCACGGAGAAGGCCACUUCUUCCCAACCCCUGUAACCCAUCUCCCCAGCGGCCACGAGACGGGGUUCUAUCUGGCUGUCGACGUGGGCGUCACCAAUCUGCGCGUAGCUUUCAUUGAGCUGCUGGGGGACGCGUCGGACAGCCCUAAUAAUGGCUCCUCGUCGAUGUCGCUGGUUGAGUCGUAUAUAGAGAACAAUGCCAUCCCCAAGGUGUGGCAGAGACGGGUGAGGCGCACGCUGGAAAAGGCGUGGAGGAUCGAGGAACAUCUGAAGGAGGACCCGACGGAAGAGCUAUUCUCGUGGAUUGGAAGCUGUAUCGCGGAAGUGGUUGCAGAUGAGAUCAGGUCGCAUAGCUUCGAGCUGGCGGCCGAGUUGGAGACGGGGUUGUCCUUCAGUUUGCCGAUGAAGCAGAAUUCGCUGGGCGAGGCUACCCUGAUGCCCGUCGGAAAGGCGUUCUUCAUCAGUGAAGAUCUCGAUCUCCGUCAAGCGCUGCUCGCUGGCUAUGAACGCCAUACACGACGGACAGAUAUUGGAUCCAUGGACCAGCACCAGAUGGUAUAUCAGCUCCCAAGGCUAAACAUAGUCGCCAUCGCCAAUGACACGGUCGCGACGUUGGUCUCGCUGGCGUACUCGGUCAAAUCACUGCCCAACACCCGGGUCGCAAUGGGCAUCAUCGUGGGCGCAGGAUGCAAUGCCACUGUUCCCAUGCAGCUCUCCGACUUACACGAGUCCAAAGUCCGUCAGAUCCUCUCCUACAACCCCAAUGCGACGCAAGCAAUCAUCAACACCGAAUGGACUCUCCGUGGAACAGAACUCCCGCUCCAAGAACUCGACGUCUUCACCAAGUGGGACAUGGAACUCGACGCCAAUACCCAUCGUCCCGGCUUCCAACCGUUCGAAUACAUGACCGGCGCCCGCUACAUUGGCGAACUCGUCCGCCUCGCCGUCUUCGACUACUUCACCAACAUCCUCGAAACCCCCCAGCACACCCUGCCCCAGACCCUCACGCAGCCCUACGCACUCACCACCGCCUUCGUCUCCGACAUCAUCGCCACCUCUCGCGCCGACACCGCUCUCGCCGCCAGCCUCGCCAGCAGACUCCCCCCGCCGCCAUCCAGCCCCUGGACCUGGACCCCCGACCUCGCCAGCGUCAUGCGCGCCACCGCGUCCGCCGUGCAGACUCGCUCCGCGGCGCUUAUCGCAGCCGCAUCCGUCGGCCUGCUGGCCUGUAACCACGAAAUCCAUCUCCUGGAGCCACACGCAACCGCGGAGUCCUCGCAGCCCAGCCAACCCGUCAUACAGAGCCCCGAAGACCAGCGGGAUGCGCUGUGCCCGGGCUCCGGGUGGCAGAGCGGGCCGGAGGAACUGGUCGUGGCGUACACGGGAGGUAUUAUCCAGCAUUAUCCGAAUUUCAAGGAGAUGUGCCAGAUGUUUAUCGAUCGGCUGAUCUUGAGGGGUGGUCCGCAAAAGGAGGGGAAGAGUGUGUUUUUGAGAGAAGCGAGUGAUGGCUCGAUCAUUGGCGCGGGAGUGCUGGCGGGGAUGGUGUCGAGCAGGUAA